UAGUAGCCGUAGCAUCUGCUCUACUAAAGAGAACACCAAAAUGCAUUAUUUAGCACUCUGAAUAGAAGUUGUUUUUUAUACGAGUAAAAAUGGCUCUAUUAUCAUUCCAAAUUAUUAUUAUCUUUUGGCUUUUAAAAUACGUUUGUCUUUAUGAUUCGUAUAGCGGAGAUAUAAGUCCUUACGUAAAAACCCGGGUUAAUAAUAUAGAUAGCCGAGUUCAAGUGGUCAGCAAUCACGAUGCUGCUGAGCGAACUAAAAGUGCAUAUUUAGGAGCUUCCUUUAAAAAAUUACCACAGCAUUGCUUGAAGGUUCAAUGUAGCUACACCUGCUUUAACGGCCGACAAAAAGAAAUCGUCAGCGAUAUUCAGUACGCAAUAUCUAUCUCUAAUCAUUCAGAAUCAUGUGAUGUUAUUGACGAGCUCCGUCUAUACAACUAUGAAUUUAUUAAUGCAACUGUGGGAAUCGGAUUCUUAUCAACUUUUGGUGAUAAAGUCAAAGAUAUCUAUAUAGCUAUCUCAAAUGUUACUGCCAUUGAGAAUGGUGCUUUUGGUGAAGGUAUCUUCAAUAAAAUUAUUCUUGAGGAUCUUCGGUUAAAAGACAUUACUAAUGGAAUUUUUAGAAACAUUUCUGAAGAUUUAAAGGGAAUUUAUAUUACGCAGCGGGAAGAACCAGUACAAUGUAUAUACCCAAGUUUUCUGGACAGCGUAAAAUUUCAAAUUGAGCACCUAGUAAUACGAGUAGGACUCGAAUGUGUAAGGAAUGUGACAGCUCAUGACCCUGUUAUGGGAUUACUCGCCUUUGUUGACUUCAGCUACAACAACUUCAGCUCACAAUUGCUGGAAGACACGUUCAGUAAACUAACCAUGGUUGAGCGAUUCGUUUUAUCGAAUUCAAAUAUCAUGUACCUACCGCAAUACAUUUUCCAAGGAAUGGAAUACUUAGAGUACUUGGAUAUAUCACAUAAUAAGCUGAAAACAAUUUCCAGUAGCAUAUUUGGUAGUCGUACCAUUGCACAAAAUGUACGGAUCAUAGCUAACGAUAAUGUUUGGCACUGCGACUGUACACUACAAUAUGAAAUGAAUACCAUUUUUUGCAUCAUCAAAACUACCAAUGUAUUGUUGGUCUCCAGAGGCUUUCAAGAACUGCUCGGUAUUUGAUGAACGAUAUUGCUAUAGCAAUGAUACCGAAGAAUCGUACGAAACGGACAGCACCUUAGGAGCAACAAUUACCUCACAAAAUUCCACCAUGAAGACAACGGAAAGUCCAAUACAUAUACCAACACUACCGACACCAGCCACAGUACCUCCGAACGAAGUCGUAGCACUGGAAUGUCUUGCACAAAAUCAGACUGGUACCAAAGCACAGGAAAACAUUCGACAAAAUUUAUGGUGGCCUCAAAUAAACUUUUUUCCAAAAACCCAUGGAUCACUCACUGUUCAAAUUACAGUAGAAUUGGAAGAUUUAAAUGGUUCUAAAUUUGGAAUCGUUUGGUUCUCUAAGACAACAAAAGAGUACUAUAUGAUGGAGCUUUUUCCUGAUGAGUACGGUUUUGGGUGUUAUUUUACAAUGCCACUUAGAACAAUUGUAACGAACUUAGUUCCUAACGUUGCUUAUACCUUCUGCCUGAUCGACUCGAAUCAAAAUAGCGUAUCACCAUUCAGUUGUAAAUCUGUGCACAUAAGCGGAAACAUAGAAGUGUAUUAUUUUUCUUGGAUGUCAGAACAUAUUCGCUCCAAAGGCAUAUCGUGGAUGAUCUUGGGAAUUGUGACAUUUCUUUUUCUGGGGAUAAUAUUUAUGUUUCUAGUACUGAAGCAAAAGCCCGAUUGGUUAAGAGGCAGCAAACGUGUAAUGAAACCAAAGAGCAGCUCUGGAAAUAUAGUUGUUUUGCCUAGAGGCAAUACUGUUCAAAACCUUGAGAGACAAGAAGCUGUAAUUUCGGGAAGUAAGCCAAAACGGCUUCUUUCCUGUAUCUCGAGAAAUAACUCUUCUGAAAGUAUUUCCAGUACUCAAAGCUAUAUGAUCGCGAACCUCUACGAAAGCGUACCAGCCUACAUGACAUUGGACGAAGUUUGUAUAUCGGUCGAGAAGGGUUCUCAUAAAUCGACCUUUGUAGAGGAUACGCAAAUUUAUCAACUUUCAAAACGACUUUCUAGUGACCCCCUACCAGCCGUACCAAGAAAGUAUAUGUAGAGGCAUCGUAAGUUCAGCAUCAUCUUACUUAUGUAUUGUGAAAUUAUGGAUAAUAUACGUAUUUACACUAUAAUAAAAAAUGUCUCUUGUGAACUACAUAUACUAUACAUGUAUCAGAAAAAUGUACUCUUUAAAAUAUUAAUUCACACUAAAAAUAUACAAAUAUGUCAUAUUUGCGUCACGUUGCUGACGCAGCGACGGUACAUAGAGAAAUAUCGCUAUCCUAUACCAUACAGACGACAUAUAAGCCCGUCGAUUGUUUUAGGAAACAGAUAGUCCUAGAGGAAGCCCAAUUCCCUGUAAAGCGAGUCUUCAUUCUCAUCGGAAGAAUCGCAAGAAUCGCUCGAGAAAAGAAAUCAUCACAAUUGAAGACAAUCGUUCCCAUAGAGCGGCUCAGGAAAACGUAAAACAGGUUUUGACCGAUUACCAUUUAUAUUUUCCCGAAGAUCCGCGUCAUCCUACUUUAUCUAUAUUUGUCGAGUUCUCAAGUACUAACACCACUUUACCUUCAAGAAGUCGUAUAAAGUGUUUAAGCAAAAACUAAUUUUUUCGUUCUUUGUCUACAUCUCUCGCAAGUUGAUUGGUCCUUUCUUCAGUCCUCAUCAAAUAUAGCGCCAACUGGCAAUUUGUUUUAAGGUUUUACUCUGCCCUGAAUUCUUAAGUCCCUGAAGUUACCAUAUAUGUAGGUUUCCUCUAAACCUCCCUGGCUUUCCAAGUAUCU